AUGAGUUGUACUAGACCAGACAUUGCCUAUACUAUUAGUACUUUGAGUCGAUUCACGAGUAAUCCAGGUGCUGAACACUGGAAAGCAAUUGCAAGGGUACUUAGGUACUUAAGGUAUACUCGUGACUAUGGGCUAAACUACACCAGAGAUCCAGCUGUGCUUGAAGGAUACACUGAUGCAAGUUGGAUAUCUGAUAUUCAUAACUCAAAAGGUACUAGUGGAUAUGUCUUCACUCUAGGUGGUGCAGCGAUUUCAUGGAAAUCUUUGAAACAAACUGUAAUCACUAGAUCUACAAUGGAAUCUUAG